AUGUGGGGCUCCACUCGCAAUAAGCGUACCACCUUUCGCGCAACCCCGGGCCUCUGCAGCGGCUUGCGGCGCGAUUGCGAUGGUUCUCAUGAACAUUUGUCGUGGACACCGACUGCAACACCUUCCGGUGUUGUCUUCCCUACAUCAGGCGAAGCCGAGUACACCAAGGAGCUGGCGGCUGCGUAUGCCGCCUUUUCUCUCCGUGCUCUUCAACUUCGAGGACUCCGCACAGAACGCUCUCAUGUGGGCCCCGGAGUCCUUCGGCCUCGGGAUCUGCGUUCCUUCACUCGUAAGAGGGUGCCACCGCUUCUUGCAGAGUAUUGGCUUGUGGCUCCCCGCGACUGCGUACCACCAGAAUGGCCUCAACGGCCCCUCCCAAAGCAUGUCCUUUUUCCGAAAACGGGGGACGAGGUCAUCACAGUAUCUUCGGUCGCUGAAGUUCGGGCUUUGGAAGCGACUAAUGCUGUCAAACCGUCAACAUUGGUGGCUCUUAAGGCAUUGGCGGCGACUGGCGCCGAACCAAUGGUUGGGGUGCUUCGACGACCCCAACAAACCGUGCUGGCUACCAGGUGCUUGUCCCACCCGCUUGAGCUGAAUCUUCCUUUGCCGGACAUCCUUGUGAAGGCCGUCGUGAACGUCCUCAGAGUAGGACCUCGGGGCAUUGCUUUUCAUCGCGCUACGGUCUUGCAGAAGCUGCUGGUCAGGGCGGAGGCGCUCAAAGAUCGUGAACGCGAGCUUCAUUGUGGCUUGCAUCCGGGUCUUCGUAAAGUUCUUGCGGGGAAAAACACCAUAUUGUGGGAGCAGCUUCUGAGGGAGUCUCACUUUCCCGAUCUGGGCCUUGUCGAUGAGGUAAGGGGAGGCUUUGAACUCGUGGGUCCGGCGAACUGCUCUGGAGCCUUCCCCAUGGCUUACAAGCCGCCGCAGCAGUCAGUGGAGAAGCUCAUGCAGCAAGCCGUGUGGCGCCGGAAGAACACCAUCUCCAAGUGCAAGCCGACUGGCGAUACGGCUGCAGACGACGAGCUGUGGUCGCAAACUCUUGGUGAGGUCGAGCAGGGCUGGAUCGAUGGUCCCUAUUGGGCUGAGAGCGAAGUCAGUGAGAGGCUCGGCAGCGCCGAGUGGAUGUGCACCAGGAGAUUCCCCAUCGUCCAGGGGCCGAAGGUUCGCAUCAUAGAUGACUGCCUUCAGAGCGGUCUGAACUUGGCUUAUGCGGCAUACAACAAGCUCAGGUUGAUGGACGCUGAUGCGUUUAUCUCCCUGGUUCUCUUGCUUAUCCGAUGCUCGCACCAGCCCGGCAGCAUGAUUCAGCUCGAUUCAGGGGAACAACUUGUUGUGAAGAGACACCCCGAAUGGGGCGAUGGCCUGGAUCUUCUCGGCAAGACUUUGGAUCUCUCCGCAGCUUACAAACAACUGGGCUGCCGGCCCGAUACAAAGUUUAAUCGAGUGUUAGACUUCAUGGUGGGGCUUCUGUCCACUUGCUUGGGGUGGAACGUCGCUCUGCAACCUAAGAAAAACCAGCCUUUCUCUCAGACCUUCACCUUGCUGGGCAUUGAGCUAUCAUUGAAGACGGCGGACCAGGGCAUCCUGAAGGUGCGCAACAAGCCGGACCGCGUCUUGGAGCUGCGUGCUGAACUUGACCGGCUUUUGUCACAGGGCUACAUGAAGAGGUCUGAGGCGUCUUCCUUGCAUGGACGCUUGAACUUCGCUCAGGGACAGCUUCACGGUUGUCCCAUCAAGCCGGCGCUCAAGUUCUUGUCGCAGGUGGCGGCCAACGGCUGGGAUGAUGCCCUGGCCGACGAUUUCAAACUUGUGAUUGGCUACAUCGCAGCUUGCUUCGCUACGGACUCCCCGAGGGUGAUACAUGCUCUUGAUUCGCGGUAUGCCAUCAAGCUCUUUACAGAUGGCGCAUGGGACAACAGAAUCGCUGGUGCGGGGGCUGUUCUCCAGUACGCCUUGGACCAGGGACCGAAAGUGGCGGAGGUGGUCGUUCCAGAAUGCCUUAUCGAGCACUGGGGCAGGCAUGGCGGCACUCAGCUCAUCUCGCAGCUGGAGCUUUUUCCCGUGUUGGUGUCACUGGUCAGCUGGGGCCCCCAGUUGGCAGGCAGGCGCAUCCUGGCUUUCAUCGACAACAACGGCGUGCGCGACUCCUUGAUCAAGGGCUCUUCUCCGCUUCCUGACCACUUCGUCAUGCUUUCGAUGAUUGCCUGGGUGGCUCGGCGGUAUCACUUCACGCUGUGGUUCACUCGUGUGGCAUCAGAAUCUAACCCUGCAGACAAGCCGUCUAGAUCGCAAGCGCGGGAGGCUGCUGAGGAGCUCGGUGGAUCCCUUGAGCUUCCCUUGACCUUGGACGACGUUCUUGUGAAAGGAUUGCUUAGCAAGCGGUCCUUCAUGGAUAUGUGCCAGGGGUCAAUGCCGUUCGGUGAUGGGGAAAAUGUGGGAGAGAGACUGUGGCAGUGA